AUGGCCGUGUACUAUGCCAACCGCAACCUCUCGCCUGACCAGAGCGAUCAGUGGCCAAUGAAUUUCCCAUCAUUGCCACCCUCUGAAUAUGAUCGCCUUCUUGGCUGGUCUAUGCUGGGGGCGGGCUUCACCAGCGCUGAGCCCGUCGCACCACCCCACAACGCUCAGCUGCAGUUUGCAGAUGUCUCAUCGACCGAGACGUAUAGCCUUGACAUAACGAAAGACUACUGGUGUCCCUCAAGCUACCCAAAUGGUAUUGGUGCAACUGGGUAUCACACACCUGUGCCAUUCAGCAACCCCCAAGCCACCGUAUACCAAGAGCAUGACCAGACGGAUGUCAACGAUCCAACAGCUUCUACUACGUACCAACACCCGGGUGUGAACACUCCACAGCGACCGGUACGAAGACUGAAACGUGAACCACUCAGCCCCAAAUCGCAUCCGUCACCCUCCAUGGCGACACCCAUCAGGCCCAAGCCAAUGCCAAAACGGCGGUCAUCGCAAGACAGCAACACAUCACAGCGUCGGCGGUCUACAUCUUCAGACAAGGAUAAUGAUCCGAAUAUCUGCAUGCUUCGAAAGAAAGCACAUAAUCAGGUCGAAAAGCGUUAUCGCGCAAACCUGAAUGCAGGGUUCAAACAACUCGAAGAUGUCACUAAACAAGACUCCACGACCACGCCGACCGAUACCAAGAUGGCGAAGGGCCUGAGACCCGGUCGCAAAGCGUUGAUCCUGCAACAUGCAUACGAACACAUCAUCGGUCUUCAGGCUGAACUUCGAAUACUGCAGAAAAGGCUUGGCGAACGGUAAGGCUAGGAUUGGAUAUCGCAUUAUACACUCAUUGUAUUCUAUAUAC